AUGGGAGACUGCGUUGCUUCACAUCCUUCCGGCAGGUUUUUGCAGACGUAUACUUCAGUUAUGCCACCUAUGCUUCAAAGUGAUGUUACUGCUUCGUCCAUUUUAUCUUCCAUUUUGAAUAAGCCUAUGCCACCCAUUGGAAUGCAGGGCGAAAACCUACCGUACCGUAUGGCGUCCGGUAGCCGGCUGGGGUUCAGCAAAUGCGUUCUCUUUACCCUCGGCACGGGAACUUGUGCCGGUUACUCGAACGUAGGGACCCCUGAGGCCUUACUGCUUCAACGUGAGUUUCAGAUACGAGAUGAGUAUAACCAACUCUGUCGUGCAGAGGAGGCUCGUCGACGUAUGGAAGAAGAGCGCACUCGGCGAUAUGAGCGGGAAGAGGAGCAGCAAUCGCUAAUCGAAACCGCCAGACAACUGGAGGAGUCGCGUGCGAAACGGGAAGAGGAACAACGACAGCGUCUCCUUGCACAGGAAAGGGAACUGGAAGAAUGGAAGCACGAGCGGGCGAGGGAGUUAGAGCGUGAACGACGCCGGCAUAUUGAAGAGGAAGAGCGAAUGCGUGAGCGACAACAUGAAAGGGCAAUGCAACGGUUGCGUGAGGAGUCAGAGGUACGAAUACAAAGCCAAAAGGAGAUAUCGGAGUGCCACAACGUUGUGGAGCAAACCGUGAAGAGCGCGACCAAUGUGAUGGUGGAGCGAAUAUGUAAUGAGAUGCGUGAGCGCGAACGCGAAUACCGAGCGGAGGCAAACCAGCUACACCAGUCCUACAAGAGCGAAAUAGCCGCACUGCGUCACGACAUAGAAUCCAAACGGCAAAUGAUAGCUAGGAGUGAACAGCAAGCUGCAGAAGCACGGGAAAUAUUUUCCCAGGUAGUGAAUCAACUAAACGAAGUGCGACAAAAACAGGAAUCUUGUUCAAAAUCACGGUCGUCAGAGGAGGCCCUUGCAGACGUGCAUCGGAAGACUGUGGAAGUACUACAACGUACAUUUGAGGAUGACAAGCUGAGCAUGAAACGGUGGUUUGAAGAGGAACUGCGGCGCAUCAACAAUACGCACGAGAGGAUGCGAACUGAGGACGAAGAGAGGUGCAAUUCACAGCUGAGGAUGCUCGAAAGGACAUUGGAAGAACAACAGCAACGGCAGCGAGAGGCUGAAGCGGAUAUUCAGCAAUGGAGGACGAAGGCAGCGGCAGCAACAGCGGCUGCUUCAGAGGAGGCUCGGCUGCGAGAGGAGUUGCGUACUGUUAGGAAGCAGCUACAAGACGCAUUGGCGUCCCAGCAACGUUUGGAACGACGUGCUACGGAUUCCGAACGGACAGCUGGUGAAGCACGGAAUGCACUUCACACUUUGCAGGGUGAGCUCGAGUCAUUAUCGGCUAAGCAGAGUGCGGAAUUACGUGUGUUACGUGAGGAGAAGCAAGAGUUAGUUGAUGAAAUUGCACGUGCCAAAGCGGCCCAUGAAGGUGAGAUUCAGCGUAUGCGUGGGGACAUGCACAACGCUGACAGCACUGCAGCACACGAACUGUCCAGAGACUUUGAAUCGGUUUACAAACGAAUGAAUGAACACCACGAAGAGGCUCGCCGGAUUUUAGAGGGGGAAAAGGGACAAGUGGUGAAACAACUUCGUGAGUCUGAGAGACAACUGGAGAUGACAAAGCGGGAGUUAGCACAACAACGAGAGAAAAUUGAGGAAGUGAGACGUGAAAGCGAGCGGAUGUGGAGUCAGCGCCUUUCGGAGAAGGACCGUACCGCAAAAGAACUUCAAGGUGUUGUUGAAGAGUUACGGCGGGAGCAAUGUGGUGCUGCACAAAUUACGGCGGAAAACCUAGGACUCAGGCAACAACUGGAGAAGCAGCGACAGGACUUUGAGGCAUCCUUACAGUCCAGGGAUCGCGAUAUCCAAAGACUUCGUCACGAACAGGAGGAAGCACUGCAACGUGCUGCAGGAAUAAACGAGGGGUUAAGUAACUCGCAGCGAAUGCGUGAUGAAGAGGAACGACGGCUGAAACGUCUUCUUGAGGAAGCAGCGAUCAGAGAGAAGGAGUUGCAAGGUGAGGUUGACGAUGCAAAGAAAAAUUCCCGGUCCUGGAAGGAACACUGUGAGCAGCUUCAGGCUCAAGCAGCUGCUGCCCUGUCCGUUGGUAAUAGUAGCAUGGAGGCAUUGCUUCGCGAAAAAGAUUGCGAAGUUGACCGGAUGAAAACUGAACUAGCGCGCCAAACUAAAGAGAGAGAGUCACUGACCCACCAGUUACUGGAAGCUUGCGCAACUACUAAAUCAUUGGAAAAAGAGCUCAUGGAGAAGCAAACAUUAAUUAUGAGCUUAAAUUCAGAUAUUUCAACUCUGAGACAAGCGGUGCAGAUGAAGAGUACGCAGGUAGAAGGGAACAUCGUUCAUCUAUCAUCAGCCCCGUCGAUUUCUGGAGUGGCGCCGCAAACAAGCCCGAUGUCCGUUAGAAGCCGCAUUCUUGCUUCUUUGUCCCCACCGCGAGCGCAAGAAAUUACCGUCUCGAAAAAUACGUUAGAUGUUGUGAAACCCGCAGCGGGUGUGUCACUUGCAACUCCUCUCUCAAUUCAACCAGUUGCAGUCAACCCACCCCCUAACAAGCAAACACCACUGCUGACGCCGCUGGCUCCCACGCUCUUGACAAGGGAACUCGAGAACUCCUCAGCUCCGUCUAUUCUGCCCUUGCAGUCACCUGUGCCAGUGGCACCGCAGCUUAAUCCGGAAUCUGUUGGAGGCUUGCCGACUCAUUCGACAACUUCUCCCCCACAGGUUCAAGUGGUGCCGGCUACACCGAGUCGUUUGCCGCUCCCUCCACAGGUGUCACCGCAGCUAUCGACAGGUAACAACAUCGUAGUUGCUUCUAAUCCCGUAAAUUUGCGACUGGAGCAACUGCCCACACCUGUUCCUUUGCCGCCUGAAAUUGCAACGGCCCCCCUGCUCGUUUCUGCCGUUGGUGGCGCGGUUGCUGCGGUUCCUGCCCCGGUGCCAUUGCCUGUACCGCCGUUGCUCAACAGCAAUGUAGCACCACCAGUAAACACAGAUUUCGCUGGGGUUGCGGUUGCGCCAGUUGUGUAG